GUGGAAAUUACAUUCCAUGUUGAGGAGACAACGCUGUUCCAUAAAUCCCUCAAAUGCUGCAAGUAACAUCGACUAGAGGAGGGCAUUUCCGCAACACUUUGUCUUUAAAGCAAUACGUGCGUCUCUGAAAAUCAGGUAAAAUGGUACGAUUGGACCUUGGUGAUGUAGUUUUGCGGAGAAUGCAGGAGAAGGACAUUGAAGCAGUAAAGGCUCUUAUUAAGGAAGGAUGUGAGGGAACAGAGAACCGCCUGAUUCUUCACCUUCUGACCCGUCCGCUCGCUCUCCUCCUUCUGGCCAUCCUCUCCUCCAUCCUGCGCUGCUUGCUUCACUCUUUCGUUUUGGCCUUGGUUAUUCCCGUCUUCAUCUCUGUCAUCUACCUCAAGCUCACCAUCCCGCGAUCGGCAGGCAUCUUGGGCUCAUGCAGACCGUACUGGGACUACAUGGGCAGCAGUUACCAUGCAGACACGGAGCCAGAUCUACCCAAUCCUCACCUGGGCAGAGCCAAACUGACUACAAACCAGGAGAAAACCAGGCGACGCAAAAAGGCCAAAGAGAAGGAGAAGACGAAUGAGAGGGAGCAGGUGGAUGAAGAUGAGCUGAAGCAGAGGGCCAAGGUUGCUGGAGAGGUGUGGGUGGCAGACUCUGAUGGGGAGAUUGUGGGAUGCGUGGCUAGAGAUGGUUGGAGUCGGGAUGGUGUUUGCAGAGUCUGCAGGCUGGUGGUCCAGUGUUGGUACCGCAGAGAGGGACUAGGCAGACUGUUGGUGCAGGGCCUGGAGUCAAGAACAAAGCAGAAAGGCAUAUGCCGGGUCUAUGCACAUGUGCCGUUCCCUUCCAAAGUGGGAGAAGCUUUCUUCAGGAGGCUGGGUUAUCGUCUGCAGGGUGAGACUGCAGGGAUUGAGGAAGAGGAGGACGACGAUUAUGAAGACCCAGAGAAGGGCUGGCUGGGGUACCCUUUAACUAAAGUGUUUGUUAAAGACCUUUAGUGGCAUCAAAAGGAUUUAGAGAAACUGAUGAAAAAUGCAAGGAAUAUUCUGGCUUCAAAACAAGUUCAACUCUUUCAGCCUGGAAUUUUCAAUAUCAUGAUUGUUCCUUAAUAGUUUGGGUAUUAAGACUAACUGAUUAGAUUAGAUUCUUAUUUGUGUAGUGUGUCAUCCUAGCCUAUUGACCUUAUUAUGCAGUAUGGAAUUGCGCUCGUUUUUACGAUUGUUUUAGAACUUUCGAUUCAGUGUCCUAUGAGAGAAAUGACUAGAAAUAAUAAACGACAGAAAACGGUCAAUCUACUUGCUUUACAAGCAAAUGUGUUCAUGACUGUACAUAAAGUAGAAUAAUAUCAUUAGAAAAUAUCAGUUUGCAACAUCAAGCAGCAUAACAAGCUGUUUUAAACAUCUAAAAAUCUCUACGCUUAUUUCACGCGGCCGCCGUUUUAAAAAAAUGAAAGUGAGGCUGCUGUGAGAAGAAACCUGGAAGUAUGGGAUCAGCAGUACUGUAAACAUUGCAACAACAUGCUAUGGACUACGAACCUCCAGCUGUUGUCGUGAUUCCAAAGUGCAGAUAUAGUGUAAACAUCACUUUAAUAUCAUUCAGUUAAGCUUAAUUGAAACAUUUAAAACCAUAUUGGGCAUCAAACAAAAGCACAAUCUCUUUAAGAGUAAUACGCUUAAGUAUCCACCUAGGCUUCAGUUCAUGGCACCACAUAAACACCGUGGGGACGCUUCCCUGCUUCAACCUAUGUCACCACACUUCACCAAGUGCAAACACAUAUACACGGACACUGGAGCAUUUUAAAGCUGCGAAGAUCAGUCGAGUCAUCAGCGGAUCGCUCGUCUGUGUUUGCACUUUGUAAACAACGGUGAAGUGCAGUGGACUGAUGACCUUCAUGGCCAAUCACAGUCAUUUCUGUUGAGUACUGGUGAAUACUAUGGCAAAUCAGUGCUGUUUAAGAACGCGCUCACCUGUUCUGAGCGAUCUCCUCAGCAUCCUAAUUCAAUCGAAUUUUUUUUAAAGAUUUUGUUAUUUCUUUUCUAUUUAUUGAACUGUUUAUUAUUAAGUGAUGGCUUGGCAUAUCUAGAUUUUAUUUAAAGGGCACCUUUAACCAAACAGCCAAAAUGAAAUGUAUGAGGGUGUUUCAUUAGCAUCCUUUUUAUUUUUAUGUACAUAUGCGCUUACUUUAUACAGCCAGUGAGCGAUUUUUGCACUAGAAUCAGGUUAAAGGCACAAUUUGUAAUUUUCGCCACUAGAUGGCACAUAUUAACAUCAAACUAAGGCAUAGUUUGCUGAUGCCAUAGCUGAGUGUGGAAUCAUUGGAGUUGUUGUCUUCGUUACAUGAGCCGAAUAUUUCAAUUUUAUUAUCAUUGUAGUAUGAAGUAAGGCUGUCAGCCAUGGAAGUGAAAUGAGAACAUUAAAGCAAUUGCCAAUAAGAGACGAGCACGACGCAGCAUGAAAGCAGCAGAGCUAUUAUUAUGCCACAGUGGUGUAAUAAAACGCGCAACAUAAUAAAUCGUCUUCUGUGUUUUUUAUAAAACAAACCGUAAACUGAGUGUUUUUGACAUUAUAAGCAUGGCAACACAGGAUUCGUAUCACAAGUUAAAAUAGCUUAUUUCUCUGGAUUUGAACAUUCUUAAAAACAUUAGGUAUCAUGUAAGUCAGCAAAAUAUAACUGCUCUAGUGGUUUUUGAUAUUUUAAUGACAAAAUCUUACAUGUGGUGCCUUUUACAAGCAGAUUGUUUAUAGCUGUCUUGAGUUUUUUUAAAUUAUUAUUGUUGUUUUAACCCAUUCACUUCUGUUGUAUUGCCUUUCCAAAAGCCCGAAAAAAUGAAAUAGCAACAGAUUUCUGUUGUGUUGUGAUGUACAUCUGAGUUCAACAAAUCAUCAACAAAACAAAACAAAGCACAACAAAUGUAUGGCGCCUGUUAGUUCUUAUUUAUUAUUUGCUGACUAGUCUCAAAAAUGAGCAAUAAUGUAUUUAGAAAAUAAAUUUUCAUUUUAUUCUGAAUUUAAGACCGUUUUAACGAUAAUCCAAAUAGUGCUGUUGAUUGAGCUCAACUUGUUUUGAACCUGAAAUAUUUCAAUCUGAAUAAAUUUGUUGGUUUUUCCAUUUGUUUGAACAGCCGUUCCACUGGGUUGCCAUUAUAAAAAGAUCUAAUCUUAAUGAUCUUAUGUAAAUCAUUUAUGUUGUUGCAUAAGUCAUUUUUAACGUUGUUAUGCACUGCAGAAGUCAGCUCUGGGUCCAUGGAGGUGACAUUGUAUCUGAAAGACAAUAGCAUGGAUCACUUUUUUUUAACAUGGACAAAGGCAGAUUUACAAGUGUUUACCUUAUUUAUCAACCUAUUUAUUAUAUUGUAUUUAUGAGUGAACUGGAGAUUUUUGUUCCUUCGUGAAACACUUGUUUCUCAGUUGAUGAAUAAGCAUUGUUUUCUUUUUAAAUGUAAUAAAAGUUUUCCCCCAA